GACCUUCCCUUAAUCUCACAGCGGGCCAAACCUACUACACGGGAAGGCGAAACCCCAUGGAUCUUUAUCGAAACACCGGAGAAUAGCAAUAUAUUCGAGGUACAACGGAAAAACUUCUCUCGACGCCAAACCAUUCAUCCAUUACGCCCCAACUCUAGAGAUAUUCAGCCAUUGCCGGUUGUCACCCCCAUCAAUUGCCUGCGACUUGCCUCCUCCCGUCAAUAUCCUCGAUUUCAGACAACUCGCACGCAAUAAUACCUUCUCAGCCGCUCUCCAGCGAUCGCUCCUUCACAUAGAACUUGCCCUUGUACCGUCAAUAUGUCGGACAUAGGCACCUCCCAGCCGCCUCAGCGCCCCAAGUUGAAGCUGAGCAUGAGCUCGCGGGGAGCCUCAUUUGACGAUCCCCAGGCACCGCAGUCCGCAGCCACACCCAGCGCGACACCCAAGAUCAUUCUCAGACCUUCCCAACCAUCCACACCGGCUGAUACAUCUGCACCUGCGCCUCAGAAGACCAAGGCAGGACGACAAACCAAACCGACGAACAAGUUGAUCGAGUCGAAGAAACGAGAACAGCAAGAGGACGACGAUGACGAACUGUUGAGCGCGAGCCAGCCCACGAAGAGGAUCAAACUACUCAAGGCACCCAGCUCGGCGGUGGCGAGAACGGGCGCCGGCGGGCUCAUUCUUAAGUCAAAGGGAAAGCCGCCACACCACCCGCCUGGCGAUGGAUACGACUCGGAAGCCAGCGACCGGGAACAAGACCCGACCAUAGAGGAACAGUUCAUUUUACGCAUGAUGCCUGGCGAACACUGCGACUACAUAAGACGAUGCAUGGACGAGGGCAAGAUCGGCGUACCUCGUAGCCAGGGCGGGGCAGACGUGUGCAUCAAAUGGCUAGAGGAGGAGACCCGGCGUGCCAUCGUGUACGUCAAAGGCCAGCCCUUUGCCGCCGUCAUGGUCGAGCUGCCCACCAUCACAGAGUCGAUGAAGACCUGGGAUCGCAAGACCUUGAUGAAGUCCGCGGAUCUAUGCCACAUGCUCCUCGCCUUUCAGAAGGUGUCAUCGGAAGAAGAGGCUAGGAAGGUGCCGUUGCCUCCCAUGGUGCAGCCGGGGUUUAAGUGGCCCCAUGGACUGACACCACCAAUGCACGACGCCGUCAAUCAGAGGUUUGCGAAGGUUAUCAGCCGAUCCGAGAUUGAACUCAAAGAAGCAGAAGUUAAGAAGCUGCUACAGGCCGAUGCAGCGGCGCUGAGUACCCGGUUCGAGCUCAUCGACGACAGGCAAUUACAGUCCGAGGAAGAGGUGGAGAUGGAGGCGGAAUAUUCCGAGGAAGAAGAGGAUGCGGAGGGCGAACUCGACGAGAGCGGCUACUUCCCGGCAGAUGGCUACGCGGACGGCGAGAUGCUGGAAGACGAUCUAGCCGCCGAGAUGGAGGCCGCUUUCGAGAUGGAGUUGGCGAAUCAACCCGCCGAUGCUGCCACGCCGGCUACUCUGCCCGAGGGUGUCACCCCUCGGACUAUGGACUCUGGGACGCCGGCUCCCGCCGCGCAGGAAAGCGCAAACGACGAGGAUGAAGAGGAGGAGGAGGAAGAGGAGGAGGUCAGCGAGGAGGACGAGGAUAGCGAUGUGGAUCACGAGGAGCAGUCGCGCAUCAAGGGCGUCAAGCAGGAUAUUGCGGCGCUCAAGAAGACUAUUGCUCAAGCUGAGACUGAACUCGCUCAUCAUGCGGGUAACAAGAUCCUACGGAAUCGUCUGGAGAUGAGGCUGAAGAGCCUGAGAGGCGAGCUUGGGGCCAAGCUAUCUUCAUUACCACAGGGGGAAGAAGACGAUGAAGAUUGACAUGCGUAAUAUCUUACAUUAUUAUGAAAUGGGUAUUUAAUAACGAUGGCCAAGCAGCUUGAGAAUUCUUUCUCUUUCUUUUUUUCGAGCACAACCCGGCGGUUCAAUGGCCUCGGCCAAAAAUGAUAGAGCGUUUCCAGGUAGUCGUUCGAUAUAAUAAUCUAUUGACGACAACAAGAAGCUGUGGUAUACAAGCCGGACACAGGUCAGGCAAAUUGCAGGUAAUAUACAGAGCUUUUGCCAGCUCGAUUUGCUCCCACC